AUGAAGCAAGUCAUGGGGUCCCUUAUCCAUCCAACUCAAUCAGCAUUUGUGGAAGGAAGACAAAUUAUGGACUGCAUCUUAAUAGCUAAUGAAGUAAUUGAUUCUAUCCAGAAAAAAUCAAAGGGUGGACUGGUCUUCAAACUUGACUUCGAAAAAGUGUUUGAUAGUGUUGAUUGGGACUUCCACGUCUCUAUUAUGAAACAAACGAGUUUUCGAAACAAAUGGACCAGAUGGAUAUUAGGCUGUAUCUCUUCUGCGUCCAUCUCAAUGCUCAUCAACGGUUCCCCAACUAAUCCUAUCGUGAUGCAGAGGGGACUCUCGGCAGUCUCGGUUGGUAUCCUUCAUGGCAUCAAAAUGAGCUGUAAAAACCUGCAAAUAUCUCACUUGCAAUUCGCAGAUGAUAUAAUUAUUUUCUACCAGCCAUUAGAAGAACAACUACUAAUGAUUAAAAGGAUUCUUCGAUGCUUCCUUAUUAUUUCUGGGUUAAAGGAAAACUUCAAGAAAAGUGCUCUGCUAGGUAUCAAAGUUGAUCAUCAGCUAAUCAAAAAGUGGGCCUCAAAAAUCCAUUGCAAGGUUUCUAUCCCCAGCUGGAAGAGAACUUUGAUUAAAUCAGUGUUGGCAAACCUGCCUUAUUCUCAAAAAUUCAUUCGGGAGAAUUUAUGCUAUGCCACUAAACAAGAGCGAAAUGAAAACAGAUUUUGGCUACUAGGAAGGGUCAAACUGGGUUUAGAAGAUUGCUUUAAGACAGGAACUCUUCGAUUGGCAGGUUGGCGUGUGGAGGCAAUUAUUGGAGCUCCUAAAUUCAUUCACGUUAUCUCCACAUGCCACUGA